AUGGCGUCUCUAGCUUCUUCUACUACUCUCAUCUCUUCCUCUAGGGUUUUCCCUGUCAAGUCUUCGCUUUCCUCUCCUUCCGUCUCUUUCCUUCGAACCCUAUCAUCAUCUCCUUCCGCAUCUCCUUCUCUCCGGUCUGGAUUUGGUCGACGGUCUUCCCUUAGCUCCACCAGCACCAGUUCUCGCCGGAGCUUCGCUGUUAAGGCUCAGGCUGAUGAGCUUCCACUGGUUGGAAACAAGGCGCCUGAUUUCGAGGCAGAGGCUGUGUUCGAUCAAGAGUUCAUCAAGGUUAAGCUAUCUGAGUACAUUGGGAAGAAGUACGUGAUUCUCUUUUUCUACCCAUUGGACUUCACUUUCGUCUGCCCAACAGAGAUUACUGCCUUCAGUGACCGGCAUUCAGAAUUUGAGAAGUUGAACACAGAAAUAUUAGGUGUCUCUGUCGAUAGUGUGUUCUCCCACCUUGCGUGGGUUCAAACAGACAGGAAAUCUGGAGGGCUUGGUGAUCUGAACUAUCCCCUUGUCUCAGAUGUCACUAAAUCAAUCUCAAAAUCUUUCGGAGUGCUCAUCCAUGAUCAGGGAAUAGCACUGAGAGGUCUUUUCAUAAUAGACAAGGAAGGAGUGAUUCAACAUUCUACCAUCAACAAUCUUGGUAUUGGUCGAAGCGUUGAUGAGACAAUGAGAACCCUCCAGGCACUACAGUACAUCCAGGAAAACCCCGAUGAAGUCUGCCCGGCUGGAUGGAAACCAGGGGAGAAGUCGAUGAAACCCGACCCUAAGCUCAGCAAAGAGUACUUCUCUGCUAUUUCGAAUAGCUAA